AUGGGCCCCGCUCUUCAAAUAGUUGUGGAGAUGGGAGAACAACCUAUCUUCACCUGCCAAGCCCAUGUAUUCACAAUCAAUCCCUCGACCCGAAGGUCAUGGGUUCAGGCGAGCUCUAAGGCGAUCGAUAUCAACAUCUUUUUCGAUUCCAGCAAGCAGUGCUAUCGUAUUGUUAGUGUUGAAGAUGGACCAACCGGUAUGAAGGUGGUCAUUAAUAGCACUAUUACACCGAAGAUGGUGUUCAAACAAACGUCACAGAAAUUCGGUCAAUGGGCGGAUCCGAAAUCCUCGGGGGUUUUCGGACUCGGCUUUGAUUCUGAAGUUGAUCUCAGCAAGUUUGUUGCACAGUUCCGACAAUGUGUUGAAAAUACGAAGCAGACGAAUGGCGAAUCAGUCGGUCAGGCAGCGACGAAAAAAGGUGAAUCGCACUCCUCUCCCCUCAGGAAUGGUCAUCCCGUCCUCCCGGAAGCAUUAGCGGUGGGUGAGCGCAGUACCCUGCCCCUUGCCGCGUCGCCGAACCCAACUCUGUUGAACACCUUCCACUCCGGCAUCGGCUCUCUUCCAGGCGUGUCCACAGCCAUGACUACAGUUGGUGAAUCCGCCUCUGUCGGUGGUGAUAGUCAGCAACUCAUACAUCAGCAGUACUACCAGGAACGCAUCCAACGACUGGAACGUGAACUUGAAGCUGUCCGUCGACAGGCCUCCAAACACAUUGAUAGUGAGAGCGAGGGCACGGGCACAGUAUGCGAAUUUUUCAGUGUAAUUUUUGGACCACGCUACGUCUCGCCUCACGGCCUCACAUCGGCCUGUGUCGAUACGAUUGUGGGACUUCACUCCCACGAGGGUCUUUCGUGUGACUCAUAUUGUCUCCGGGUUUUGGCCGUACGAUGCCGUGUUGUUGUAAUUGCCCUACUCCUCGCCUCCGCAGACUGCGGCGAUGAGUCAGCGCUCCGCUUGCCCAAUCAUCGUACUUGUCCCCCGUCCACAUCCCACUGUCUUUCCCUCGUCAAGCAUCCCGCCCUUCUGCAGUUGUCCGUCAGUCCCAGUUCCCCGGUGAAGACCAUCUCCGACGGCGUGGACCUACGCGAUGGACUAGAGCGCGUACACCUGGUGUCCUCAGACGGUGGGAGCGGUGCCAGUGGGACUAUCACGGGAGCUAGGGGAGGUGCCUCCCUGGCGCACAAGGCGCCCAUCCUCCUCGCUGGCGUUGGUGGUGGAGGCGACACCGUGGAGCAGCAGCUAGUGGGGAGCGAGGGCGGCAACCCGCCAGACAGCGCGGUCGCGCUGCUCAAGUUACACAAUCGGCUGGGGCGAAUUCUGCAGGAGGCCUGCGAUCUGCACAAGCAGAUUGGCCACCUCCUAGCGACUGUGGCCAAUCAAUCCGUCUGA